AUGAAGGCGUAUUUUGUUCUUCCCGUGCUAUUCGCUUUGCUGACGAUUGUUUUCUCGACGAAUGAUCUUUGCAGACUGGAGGCUGACUUUCGACCAUGCACGGCAAGAAACGAUUCUUCGCCCAAGGAUGAACAGUGCAUAAAGUUGUUCUACAACGGUUGUGAAGGCGCAGCAGACAAGUUUGAAACUUUGGAAGAAUGCAUGAAGAAGUGCGUCGGUAAAAUCUGGUGA